AUGGCCCGCGCUGUCCCGUUCCUCGCUGUUCUGACUGCGCUUCUCGCCGCCGCUACUGCAGGCGGAGACGCCCCGCCCGGCAAAAUCGCCGUGGUUGGAGCUGGAAUCGGAGGCUCUGCUGUGGCCCAUUUCCUCCAGCAGCACUUUGGGCCCCAUGUGCAGAUCGACGUGUAUGAGAAGGCGACCGUGGGUGGCCGCCUGGCCACCAUCUCCGUCAACAAACAGCACUAUGAAAGUGGGGCUGCCUCCUUCCACUCGCUGAGCCUGCACAUGCAGGACUUUGUCAAGCUGCUGGGGCUGAGACACCGGCGUGAGGUGGUGGGCAGGAGCGCCAUCUUUGGCGGGGAGCAUUUUGUGCUGGAGGAGACCGACUGGUACCUGCUAAACCUCUUCCGCCUCUGGUGGCACUACGGCAUCAGCUUCCUGAGGUUGCAGAUGUGGGUGGAGGAGGUCAUGGAGAAGUUUAUGAGGAUCUAUAAGUACCAGGCCCAUGGUUACGCCUUCUCUGGUGUGGAGGAGCUGCUCUACUCUUUGGGGGAGUCUGCUUUCGUCAACAUGACCCAGCGCUCCGUGGCCGAGUCCCUGCUCCAAGUGGGUGUCACACAGCGCUUCAUCGACGACGUCGUCUCUGCCGUCCUGCGGGCCAGUUACGGCCAGUCAGCAGCAAUGCCUGCUUUUGCUGGAGCCAUGUCACUAGCCGGGGCCCAAGGCAACCUGUGGUCUGUGGAAGGAGGUAACAAGCUGGUUUGUUCUGGUUUGCUGAGGCUCACCAAGGCCAAUGUGAUCCACGCCACUGUGACCUCUGUGACCCUGCAUAAUACAGAAGGGAAAGCCCUGUACCAGGUAGGCUAUGAGAAUGAGGGGGGCCACGGCUCCAACUUCUAUGACAUAGUGGUCAUUGCCGCUCCCUUGCACUUGGACAACAGCAGCAGCAAUGUCACCUUUGAAGGCUUCAGCCCGCCUAUUGAUGAUAUCCAGGGCUCUUUUCAGCCCACCGUUGUCUCCUUGGUCCAUGGCUACCUCAACUCUUCCUACUUUGGCUUUCCCGACCCUAAACUUUUCCCCUUUGCCAGCAUCCUUACCACAGAUUUCCCUAACUUCUUCUGUGCUCUGGACAACAUCUGUCCUGUCAACAUCUCAGCCAAUUUCCGGCGAAAGCAGCCUCAGGAGGCUGCCGUCUGGAGAGUCCAAUCUCCCAAGCCCCUCUUUCGGACCCAGCUGAAGACCCUGUUCCGUUCCUAUUAUUCAGUCCAGACUGCCGAGUGGCAGGCACACCCCCUCUAUGGCUCCCGCAGCACCAUCCCUCGGUUUGCACUCCAUGACCAGCUCUUCUACCUCAAUGCCCUAGAGUGGGCAGCCAGUUCUGUGGAGGUGAUGGCCGUAGCUGCUAAGAACGUGGCCCUGCUGGCUUAUAAUCGCUGGUACCAGGACCUAGACAAGAUUGACCAAAAGGAUCUGAUGCACAAGGUGAAGACUGAACUGUGA